AUGCGUUCCCGCCUGCGAGAGUACUUUACCGUCAACUACCAGCCGGGCGAGCGAGUCCUGGUGCAAAAGAUUGACUUUUUCAUUCUUACCUUCUGCUGUCUGAGUUAUUUCAUCAAUUAUCUGGACCGCUCCAACCUUGCCAAUGCCUACGUGUCGGGCAUGAAGACGGAGCUUGGCUUCAAGGGAAACCAGCUCAACCAGAUCAACACCUGCUUCACCGUGGGCUAUGUCCUGGGCCAAGUUCCGUCCAACCUCUCCCUGCACUACGUCAAGCCGCGGAUAUGGUUCCCGCUCAUGAUGAUCCUCUGGGGCGGCCUCACCAUGGUGACGGCGUCGGUGCACAACCCGCAGUCCAUCAUGGCGAUCCGCUUCUUCCAGGGCAUCUGCGAGGCGUCGACGUUUGUCGGCACGCACUACAUCCUCGGCGCGUGGUACACUGAGCGCGAGCUCGGCAAGCGCAGCGGCAUCUUCACGUCUUCGGGCCUCGCGGGCACCAUGAUCGGCGGCUUCAUCCAGACGGGCAUCUACAAGAGCCUCAACGGGCGCCACGGGCUGAGCGGCUGGCGCUGGCUCUUCAUCGUCGACGGCCUGCUGACCAUCCCCGUCGCCAUCUACGGCUUCCUGCUGUUCCCGGACACGCCGCAGACGACGACGGCGUGGUACCUGUCCGAGGAGGAGCGCAAGCUCGCCAUAUCGCGCGUCCCCAAGGUCGAGGAGCAGUCGCCCAUCACGCUGCGCUUCCUCAAGAAGGUGCUCUCGUCGUGGUACUGGUGGGGCUUCGUCGGGCUCUGGGUCAUCGCCGGCGAGACCGAGUCCUUCAGCUCCAACUCGCUGCUCGCGCUGUACCUGCAGAAUCACCCAACGCACAAGUACACGGUCUCGCAGCUAAACAACUACCCGACGGGCGUCGCCGCCGCGGGCAUCGUCUCGACGCUGUUCUGGGCCGCGCUGACGGAUUUCCUCGGCGGCAAGCGGUACCUGGUCGGCUACUUCAUCGGCAUCACCGGCGUGGCGACGUCCGUCAUGAUUCUCGUGGCGCACCAGAACCCCACGAGCCCCAACUCGACGGCCGUCGUGUUCGGUGCGUACUACUGGGCGGGAUCCGUGUACGCCUGUCAGGCGACGUUCUUUGCGUGGUGCAACGACGCCAUGCGCUAUGAAGAGUCCGUCUUCCGAGCCGUCGUGCUGGCGGGCAUGAACUUGGGCAACAACGCCGUGAAUGCGUGGUGGAGCAUCCUCUUUUACGGCGCGUCCAUGGCGCCGUGGUUUAUCCGCGGCAUGUGGGCCAUGAUUGCGUGCUCCAUCGCCCUCGUCAUCUGGAGCGCGGGCCUGUCGUACCUGGUGCGCAGGAACCGGAGGCGCAUCGAGGCCGAGGCCGAGGCGACGGCCGUGGACGUGUACAACGAGACCAAGCUGGCCAAGGAGGAGACGGAGGGGUGA